AUGGGUCGAGGUCAGUUUACGCGCGACAGCAAAUGCUGUCGUUGUUGUAGUUCGUUUUGUCGCAGAGUUCGAACUGAUUUACUACUUGUCCUUAUUGUAAUUGGCGUUAUAAUUGGGUUUGUGAUCGGAACUCUUGUGAAUGGCCCCGUUAACGACAUCGAAGACGUGGAGGACAAGAAGACAGUUUUGAUGUUGAUUGGCUUUCCUGGAGAGCUUUUUAUGAACAUGUUAAAAAUGCUCAUUCUGCCACUGAUCGUUGCCAGCUUGAUCUGUGCUUUGGCGGCGCUAGAUGCGAAAGCUACAGGUCGCGUUGGAAGAAGAGCCCUCCUAUACUACUUCUCCACUACGAUCUUGGCCGUCAUUUUGGGAAUUGUGUUGGUGGUGAGCAUACGACCCGGAAAAGGCCAAACCAGCGAGGCAGAAAAAGACGUGGCCGAUUACAGAACGUUGGAUGCUUUUCUAGAUCUCAUCAGGUGAGAUUGUUUAUUUAAUUUAUAAUAUCCUGAUAAGCUCACUUGUGAGCAAAUUACUAUUUGAUAACUUUAUCAGUUGGAACCGACUCAUUUCCUUUUACUGUUUAUAAUUUCUUCAGCAACCUGCUUUCGCACCUUCAAAGUUUGUUUACGUCCACGUUUUUGGCAGGAUUGAAAAACCGAUAAGUGAGCUUAGAUCGGCUGAAGAUCACAAGUAACAUAUAGUUGCGAUAUAAGCUGAAAAUUAUCAGUAUUAGUUUAAGCAAAAUUUUAUGUCAGUUUCUUGGAAUUCCCUUAAUGUUAAGUGAUUCUUUCAUUUUACUUUUGAGCAAGUUGCGCAAUGUAUUAAAAACACUUGUGCUUUAAAAUUCACACCAAAGGUAAUUUCUCGUGUAGUACACUUUCGCAAUAUUUGUUUUUCAAUCUAACCGCCACUCAGCUGGGUGAGGUUUCUCUUCAUUUAGGCUGCCAAANUUAAGACAAAUCUCUACGCACCCACCUUCCAGCAAGGGCGGCUCUUCUUUGUUUUGUUUUGUUUCUUCGUUCAUUGGCCGAGUGAAAACAAAGAAGCCCACCUUGCUCGGAGGUGGGUGCGCAGAAAUUUGUCUUAACGAAGUAAUGUCACCCUCUCCCGGUGAGUUAUUAGUUGACGCUAGCGCCCAGUCACCGCCGGGCGACAAAACGGUUGAAAUGUUACACUUUUACUAGUCACGGAUAAAUGGCGCCGAUUUUUGAACUGUAGUUGAUCUUUUCGAUCGAGUUAUGCGAUCCAAACGCAAGGUUUACCGGAACGGAUUGCAGAAAGGUGAUCUUAAGGUACCAUUUUGUGGAUUCAGCGGUGUAAAAUGUAAGUGAGUUUGUGUUUUCGCGUGAAAUUUGGAGCCGAUUCUGAGCAGCUUUGAAGGUCUAUCGAGCGAUUCUGUCCUACCUUGUCUCUUAUUAUUACACUGUCAGGCCAGAUGAUGUAAAAGUACUCAAAUCGCGUUGAAACUUCGUAAAAACAAAGACAAAGACUCCAGGUAACAAUAUUUACACUUUAUUAAUAACUUUUAUCGCUUUUACUUCAUUUAUUUCAUCUAAGUUUCAAACUCUAGUUUUCCCAUACAAACUCUCAUAUUACGCUUGGGUCACCUGUGGUUGCGCAAUGUAUUAAAAACACUUGUGCUUUAAAAUUCACACCAAAGGUAAUUUCUCGUGUAGUACACUUUCGCAAUAUUUGUUUUUCAAUCUAACCGCCACUCAGCUGGGUGAGGUUUCUCUUCAUUUAGGCUGCCAAAUAGAGAAGCUGCAUUUACAGCACAAACAAAGCACUUAUUUGCAUCAGAAUGGUUUAUUAAAGCUUUAAUUAAAAUCGUUGUGUGAUCCCUUUCAAUCUUUCUGUCUUAUUUUUCACGCAAGCUUUAAUGUUCAUUUCUUCGUCCUGAAUUCUCUGGGACAAACAUACUUCGUGCAAUGAAUUGUAGCCAUGGCCACAUUUCUACACAUUAGUUUAAAUUAUAAAUUCACCGUUGAUUCUUCUCAGGUUUGAAUUUCUUUUCCCUGAAUUUUUUGUUGUUUGAAAAUGGCUGUAGCUGUGUUCUAAAAUAUCUUUGAUUAACAAGACAGACUAGCUAGUAUGGAAGUAUGUUCUAUUCAAUAAAUGAUUUAAGGCCUGAGAGCCUUCUGCUAGCGUUGGAAAACAGUGAAGUCCUGUUAAUGCCAUGGGUCUUGAAAAUCAAAGGACGUGACAGGCUGUAAGGUUGCAGUCACACGAAUAUCAAGGUCAGGUUAAAACCCCAUUGAACAAGGUUUUAUCGUAUUCAGGGGUCCCUGGCAUCGAACGCUGUACUUCGCAUGGCAACCUGAUCUCCCCCUAGCCCUGAAAAACACCUAAGGCAAUCAAAAAUUGGAUCAAACAUUGCACUUCACAUUGGCCUGGAACUCAUUAGUUAAAGCUGAGUACAAUAGGCAACAGAUGCCUGCAACGUGCUUUGCAUCAUUGUUGCAAAACAAAUUAAAAAGUGAUGUUGCACUGUUACCACCCGCAAUUAUUAACCUGUCAAAUCAGGUUGUUGCUGUUUGGGAAAAGUUGUUGGAGAAAGUAAACAGUAUUUAGCUACUUUUUAGCUACUUAUUUGUUACAAGACAGGUUUGAUUUGUGUAUGGUGAAAUGCACAGCAUUGUUUUUCAGCUUGUUUUGUAGCAAAUGUUGCAGAACAAGUUACAUGUCUUUGUUACCAGAGUUACCCUACAAUAUAUAGCUUUGUUUGAGUUCGUCUCAUGUAUAGUGCAAUCUUUGACCCAGUUUAAAGUUCAGCUGAUUGCAUUUGGAUCAUUCGAGGCAUUCUUAAAGUGGAGAUCUGCUUGCCAUUGCAAAGCUAUAAGCCCAUAUAGAUGUCUUCCCAGGUAUCAAGAAUGUGAUUGAUGAAGAAAAAAAUGUAAACACUAUCUUAAAUGUUUACUUUAAUGGUCACGUACUAUUGAAAAGCAAUGGCAGUUUUUUUUGUUUUCAAAAGAUAAUGUAAGUUACCUGUGCCUGCAUACAACUCCCACCCACUCACAGAAAGAAUACAUAUCCUUUACAGUAUUACCAGGGUGCAAAGAAAAUCAUUUUUACGCUUGCCAUCCGGGCAAGCUGAAGCUAGCAGUUACUAGCCCAGACGUCAUUUUAACUAGCCCCAAAAACUUUUUGACUAGCAGAAUUGAUUUCACAGUUCUUCUGUUAUUCGAAUUCCACAUAAAACAUCACUUGCCCAUCAGGCAAGUUAAAAACAGAAUUCACUAGCCCAAUAUUACUUUCUUUGCACACUGAUUACCCUCAAGACACAAACAUCACCAUUUACAAUAAUAUUAUUAAUUUUCUUUUUAUCUUUGUGAUUGUUAGGAGCUGUUUUCCCAGCAAUAUUGUUGCAGCUACCUUUCAGCAGGUAAAUAUGACUGAUUGGUUUAUCACUGAUCAUUGAAUUUAUUCAUUUAUACAAUUAUGACUAAGACAGUAUGCGCGCUCUGAUUGGCCGAGAAGAGUGUUUGCAUGAGAGUAUGUAAACAUGGUUGUGAGGUCAAGAUGUUUUGCUUUUGUCGUGCUAAUCACGCAAGCACGAAUAAUUGAAAAGUUUUGAGUUCAAAACUCGACAAGUUUACUUUAUUUACCCAUUCCUUCGUUGGCUGAAACUUGGAAAAUCUUGACAAACAAGCUGUGUCAAUUUUGUUUUCACUUAUACUGACAUUUUAACUGAGAAAAAUCCGUAUUUUGGAAAGCAUCUUUCUGCAAAACAAGAACUGAUUACGUGUACAAGACUUCAUGUACAAGACUUUGCGACUGGUAAGAAUUUCUCUUUUUAUCACUGCCAUAUUCCCACAAAGAGUUUUGCAUUUUUUCUCGGGAAAUUUAUUUUAUGAAAGCAAUAGAAAACUUUUUUCCUCUGUUUGCAUAGCCUGAUAUAAACACUCGAGCCGUUGGGAGAGUUCUUGACAGUUAUGCAAACCCAAGACGAAGCUUUACUUCUCAAAACAGUAAAAUGCAUUCUCUAUUUAGGCUAUAUUUUGUUACAUUAUGUGUUAAUUUAUAAUCUAGAAGUAUCUUUCAAUUUUCACCAAACAUUUCUACAAGUAAAUAUGAUUAAAAUUAAAUGUCCUCUGUACAGUAAAAACUGUUUUUUAUCUUACUUCCAGCAAUUUUCUUCAAACUCUUGAUAACUCGGAACUCCUGAUAACUCGAACUUUUUUCAAUUUCCCUUGAAGGUUCGAGUUAUGGGGAGUCUGACAACUGUAUAUUAUUGUAGAGCUUCUCAUCUUAAGGCUUCUGUUAUUUCAUUUUUGUCUGUUUGUUUUUUUUUUUCCAGAAAAAAACUAAAUACACCUCUGCCGCUGACAAGAUAAGUUACAUCAAUAAAACAAUCAAUGCAACAACUGGUAACUAUACAUUGGAAAAAGUGAUUAAGCCAGGCUCCAAGACUGUUCCUGAUGGAACUAUGACUGAUCCUAAAGGGUCCUUAAAUGUCUUAGGAUUGGUUGUAUUUUCUAUUGUGUUUGGAGUUGUUUUGGGAAGAAUUGGCGAGCGAGGCAUGCCCCUAAAAGCAUUUUUUGAAGCUCUGAAUGAGGUGAUUAUGAAGAUGGUUGCUUUGGUCAUGUGGUAAGUUUGAUGUCUAAUACAAAAGUGUACAACUGUACAAUGUGUGACUGUAAUUCGCUGCUGCCUUGAUGGUUUGAAUAGUUAGUCCUAGAGUUACAUGUACAUCAGUUGUUUAUUUUAAGUUACUCAUUAAUACAUGUUAAUAUUAUUAUUAUUUAUAACACCCUUGAAAAGAUGUUGAUGGGUAAUAAAGUACCUUAAAUGCAGGCCAUCUGAUAUUAUGCGAUUGUGCGAUUUCACACAACUGACUUCAAAUCGCAUCUGAUCACACAAUUUGAGGAAAAUCACAUAAUUCGUAAAAAAAAAACGCUAAAUUCAAGUAAAGGAAACAAUAAAUUCUAACUUUAAGCAAACAUUUUCCCAAUCUUAAUGUUUAAGGUGAUCUACCACUAAAGAAAGCCUUGCAAGACAUCUGAAACCAUCGAUCACAGUAUCUGGGCAGCCAUUUUGAUUUCAGAGACAAUCAGUGUGGUCAGCGGUGUAACAGCAUCAUGUAAUAUUAAACAAGUGUCCUUUUUCUUUCUCUCUAUUUGUUUUCUUUUCCAUGUCAAGAUAAUUGGACAAAUUUAACGAUUUUGUUUUAAAAUAGAUGUUUCAUUGUUCUUUUACAUUCAAAUUUGCAUUUUAAACAACAUUAAAGUGAUUUUUCUCCUUUGAAACCUGGUAAAAUAAUGUUAAUUUCUAAGCCCUGAAAAAAUUGCAUAAUUUAUUGCAUAAUAGUCCUUUCUUAUCGCACAAUCUACCCUGAAAAUAUCGCAGAAUUUCUGAUUUUUUAUCGCACCCUAUCAGAUGGGCUGUAAAUGAAAGGCAAAAUUAGCAUUUUUUCUUCAAUGUUCACCAUUUGAGGACACUGUCUCAACAAUUUAUUUUUGCGGAAUAAGUAUAACUAUAAUAUGCAUGGAAACACUUUUUCAAGUUUGAACAAGUACAUGUAAGGACGUGACUGCAUAGCAAAAGUAGAGACAAUUAGUUUUAGCAUUAAUACAUCAGUACAUCUGCAGUGUACGUCUAAAUUUAUUUUAUUUAGGCGGUAAAGUCAUUUCUGAUAUUGCACCAACCAUAUUACUAUAAAAUGUUAAGCAAAACAAUCAUCACUUUAUACAAUACUCAGGGAUAGCUGAUAAAAAUAAUAGAAGCUACAGGUAAAGAAAUAAAAAAUGUCUCUAAGGAAAAUGGAAAUAUCUACCCCAGCCAUGUACAAAAAUAAGUGAAUGAAGUUAAAUGAUGUAAAAAUCAACGAGUUUUUAGCUCAUAGCAAGUAAGUAACUUAGAAUUAAUUUAGUUAAAUAGAUAGAUGAGGAAUAGGACUUAACUCUUUCUGCAGUGACCCUGAUCCUACCUUAACAGAGUUCAAUAAUAUUAGACCCCAGACCUGUGAUAAUCAAGAUUCAGCCAAUUCAAACCUAAUUUUUCUGACUUUCAAUGUUCAUCAUUGUUUUUUGCUUCUAGGGUUUCCCCGAUCGGCAUUUGCAGUUUGAUAGCAGCUAAGGUGGCAGCAAUGGACGACAUCGUCAAAUCAUUAGACAUGGUUGGAAAGUAUAUGGCAACUGUGAUUGCUGGUUUGUUUAUACAUGCACUUAUCAUCAUACCAUUACUUUAUCUGAUAGUGGUACGCAAGAAUCCUAUCAGAUAUUUCAUUGGCUUGAGGGAUGCGAUCAUCACAGCAUUUGGAACAUCAUCAAGGUUGGUACAUGUACAUGAAAAGUUGACGUUUCUUAUUACAAACUAGCUUUCAAAAUUAACUAUAAACUAUAUAAUUAUUAUAGAAUAUACACGUACACUGUGUUACAUGUAGAAUGGCUUUUCUUAAUCACCGUAAUGAUAAUGAUGACAAUGAUGAUAUUAAUUGUUAAACAUUCUCCCAUUCAAAGCCCUUAGAACCUCUUCUUGUAAAUGACCACCUCUUGUAAGCGAUCGCAAGUCCUCUUUUUGUCCUGCUGGUAUGGUUUUUCCAUUGGUUUUAACCCAUUGAAGGUGACCACUUGACUCAUGGUGCGGUCUCUUUGUUUGCUUUAAUAAUGUACUAUAAUGCCACUCAGAGUGUACAAAGAACUUUCACUGAUGUAUUCAUAACUUAGAAAUUGAUUGCGAUAAUUUCUCUGCCAAUAAGUAGAAUGUGUUAGGAUGUCUUUUCGGAAGACACCUCCCUGUGGUGCGAUUCUCGUAAGUGACCACUAUAUUUUCAUAUUUUGGGUUGUCCCUGACGAGAGGUUCAACAUGUAUAGAAGUUUAGAAGAGAAAUAAGUAUUGACAUUGCAUUAAGUUGAACUGGUCUCUAUUUUCUCUGUCCAUGCAAAAUAUUUUAACGCCCAUUACUACAUAAGACUAAGCGUAUAAAAUUUAAUAUGUACACAUAAGUAACACGCCAUUUUAAUUGACUCUCCUUAGUUCGGCGACUCUGCCCACCACCAUGCGCUGUAUUGAGGUUCAUAACAAGGUUGAUGCUCGUAUCAGUCGUUUUGUGUUGCCGCUUGGUGCCACAGUGAACAUGGAUGGCACAGCCCUUUAUGAAGCGGUUGCUGCUGUGUUUAUUGCUCAGGCCAAUGGUAUUUCAUUGAACGUUGGACAGCUGAUUACAACAUGGUAAGAUACUGUUAAACUUAUUUAGCUUUCAUAAACUUAAAAGCUUCCUGAUGCCAAAUGUAAUAUUCAUACUUUUCAUUUUUCUGCAGUAAUAUCGAUCCCCUAAAUCUUAUGCAAUUAAUUAUUUAUGGAAUAAUCUCAAGCAAAGUUAACACUAAGAUGAUGAAAAUACAAACCGUUGUAAUACUUUAACUUUUAAUAUUAUUUAAGUUAUCCACAUAUUUUCCACAGAAUCCAAGACAUGCAGUGAUUAUAAUCUUUACACCUUGCCUAUCUGACUUCAUCUUCCACAGUUAAAACUGCGCAAUUCUUGGCUCUUUGUAAGGCACUUGUCAAAUAAUUUGAAAAGUGCCUUACAAUUAUUGUAUGUCAGAUUAGUCAGCUAAGACUGUCAGGAUGGAGAGAAAAAUAAUUAUUUUGGUCAGGAUGUUGGCUUUGAAGAACCCUUUUGGUGACAUUCACUGUUAGUAAAGUCAAGAACACUUGCAGGAAGGGUUAGUCAUUAAAUUUUUGUUUAUUCCAGUUUUAGAGUAUAAGUUAAUAUUAUUUCAUUACAGCAUCACUGCCACUGCAGCCUCAAUUGGUGCUGCUGGAAUUCCACAGGCAGGCCUGGUUACCAUGGUGCUUGUCCUACAAGCUGUUAAUUUACCGACUGAAGACAUUGGUCUCAUCCUAGCUGUUGACUGGUUUUUGUAA